GCGGUGGCUGGGCCCUCAGGCUGGUUCAUGGGGACGGCUCAAGCCAGCGAGGGCUCCUGAUUGGGUGAGGGGCACAGGUCACGUGGCCCCAGGGCGGCGGGAGGAAGUGACGCGGUGGGCACGAAAGGGUCAAGGGCCACACGUGAGGUCAUCAAAGUAUGCGGUGACGUCACUGUGUUGUGUCACAUGAUGCCGUUGUGAGGUGUAUGAUGUCAUCUCACUGCAGAGUGAUGUCACAGAAGGGCAGGAGGUCACACCUCACGACUGUUGUCAUGGUGACAGUGCACAGCUGGUGAUGUCAUGGCACUGGGGUGAUGAUGUCUUGCUGGGUGAUGUCAUCGAGUGAGGUCACCAACGCACCCGAUGUCACACAGGGUCGCGGCAGUGCUGGGUGAUGUCAUCGAGUGAGGUCACCAACGCACCCGAUGUCACACAGGGUCGCGGCAGUGCUGGGUGAUGUCAUCGAGUGAGGUCACCAACGCACCCGAUGUCACACAGGGUCGCGGCAGUGCUGGGUGAUGUCAUACCAAACGCGGUCAUGGCAGCAGGUGGUGGCGCUGGGGGAGUGACUCGCUGGUCUCUCUGCACAGGCAGUGGCGGGCGCCAUGGAGCCCAACUGGGCGGCGAGCGACCAGAUUGGGCCGGGAGCCGCUGAGACCAAGAUUCAUUUCAAGGUCACCCGGUUCAUCAUGGAGGCAGGGGUGAAGCUGGGCCUGCGAUCCAUCCCUGUGGCCACGGCCUGCACCAUCUACCACAGUUUCUUCACGGCCACGGUGGCCCCGGGGCCCUACGACCCCUACCUGGUGGCCAUGGCUGCACUGUACCUGGCCGGGAAGGUGGAGGAGCAGCACCUACGCACCCGGGACAUCAUCAACGUCAGCCACCGGUACUUACACCCCCAGAGCGACCCCCUGGAACUCGACUCCCAUUUCUGGGAGCUGCGGGACAGCAUCGUCCAGUGCGAGCUGCUCAUGCUGCGGGUGCUUGGCUUCCACGUCUCCUUCCGGCACCCCCACAAGUACCUGCUCCAUUACCUGCUCUCCCUGAGGCAGUGGAUGAACCGGCACAGCUGGGAGCGGACCCCUGUCUCGGCGGCAGCCUGGGCACUGCUCCGGGACAGCUACCACGGUGGGCUGUGUGUGCGCUACCCCCCUCAGCACGUGGCGGUGGCCGUGCUGUACCUCGCUCUGCACUGCUAUGGGGUGGAGGUGCCUGCCCAUGCACAGGCCCAGAGACCCUGGUGGCAGGUAAGAGAGGCAGGGACUUAGCCCGCACCUUGGGGUCCUUCUCCUGGGGAAACUGAGGCACAGAGGGGGAAAGUGGCUGGCUCAGGGUAACGGAAAACCAGUGGCGGAGCCUGGGACGGAACCCAGGUGUCCUGCCUCCCAGUCCCCCCUUCUCUGAUGCUCUAAAACAGCUUUGCCCUAGCCAGCCAGUCCCCGCCCUGGGGCUGGGUGGGAGCCAG